GGGGCCGCGGGGCCCCGUGAGACUCUCGGGCGAGCGCGCGGCGUUGGAGCCACAGGCGCGGCGGCUGGACCUGGCGCGGGCCGCGGAGGCCGGAGACCGCCCGGGGCGGGGUGCGCGCUUUGUUCCCGCGCGGGGUGGCCGGAGCCGAGUCCCCGGCAUGGCCCGGGAGGCCGCCCCGCGCGCCCCAGCCCCGCCGCGCGCCUGAGCCCGGUGCGGCGCCAGAAGACAGCGCGCAGCCGCUCCUGAGUCGUGGAGGCGGGGACCAAGCUGGAAGGAGCAGCGACUCCCGGACCGAGUCGCGAGUGUGCGCCGUCCGCCGCCCCCCGGAUCCCCCGGAACCCCCGACCCCGCAGUGGACAGGAAGGCUAAGGCCUCAGCAAUGCCGGACUCCCCAGCAGAGGUGAAGACGCAGCCCCGGUCCACACCCCCCAGCAUGCCGCCCCCACCGCCUGCUGCGUCCCAGGGGGCCACACGCCCCCCUUCCUUCACGCCACACACACAUCGAGAGGACGGGCCUGCGACGCUGCCCCACGGCCGUUUUCAUGGCUGCUUAAAAUGGUCUAUGGUCUGUCUCUUGAUGAACGGCAGCAGCCACUCGCCGACAGCCAUCAACGGUGCACCGUCCACACCCAACGGCUUCAGCAAUGGCCCGGCCACCUCGUCCACGGCCUCCUUGUCCACGCAGCACCUGCCCCCGGCCUGCGGGGCCCGGCAGCUCAGCAAGCUCAAGCGUUUCCUCACCACACUGCAGCAGUUUGGCAGUGACAUCUCCCCAGAGAUCGGGGAGCGCGUGCGCACACUGGUGCUGGGGCUGGUGAACUCGACGCUGACGAUCGAGGAGUUUCAUUCCAAGCUUCAGGAGGCCACCAACUUCCCUCUGCGGCCGUUUGUCAUUCCCUUCCUGAAGGCAAACCUGCCCUUGCUGCAGCGGGAGCUCCUGCACUGUGCACGCCUGGCCAAGCAGACGCCCGCCCAGUACCUGGCCCAGCAUGAGCAGCUCCUGCUGGACGCCAGCGCCUCCUCCCCCAUUGACUCCUCAGAGCUGCUGCUGGAAGUCAACGAGAACGGCAAGAGGAGGACACCCGACAGGACCAAAGAGAACGGGUCAGACCGCGACCCGCUGCACCCCGAGCACCUCGGCAAACGGCCGUGCACCCUGAACCCUGCCCAGCGCUACAGCCCCAGCAAUGGGCCACCGCAGCCCACGCCGCCGCCGCACUACCGCCUGGAGGGCAUAGCCAUGGCCCACCACUUCCGGGACGCCUACCGCCACCCAGACCCCCGGGAGCUGCGGGAGCGCCAUCGGCCGCUUGUGGUGCCUGGGUCCCGGCCGGAAGAAGUGAUUGACCAUAAGCUCACAGAGCGUGAGUGGGCAGAAGAGUGGAAGCACCUCAACAACCUCCUGAACUGCAUCAUGGACAUGGUGGAGAAGACGCGGCGCUCGCUCACGGUGCUGCGCCGGUGCCAGGAGGCCGACCGCGAGGAGCUCAACCACUGGGUGCGGCGCUACAGCGAAGCAGAGGACACCAAGAAGGGCCCCGGUCCCACCACGGCCCGGCCCCGCAGCGGCUCCGCGGGUCCUGAAGGGUCUCAGCUAGACGUGCCCCGGGAGUUCCCGCCAAGGACCCUCACCGGCUACAUGCCCGAGGACAUCUGGAGGAAGGCUGAAGAGGCCGUGAAUGAGGUGAAGCGGCAGGCGAUGUCGGAGCUGCAGAAAGCCGUGUCGGACGCGGAACGCAAAGCGCAUGAGCUCAUCACCACGGAGCGUGCCAAGAUGGAGCGGGCCCUGGCCGAGGCGAAGCGGCAGGCCUCCGAGGACGCCCUGACGGUCGUCAACCAGCAGGAGGACUCCAGCGAGAGCUGCUGGAACUGCGGGCGGAAAGCCAGUGAGACGUGCAGCGGCUGCAACGCCGCGCGCUACUGCGGGUCCUUCUGCCAGCAUCGAGACUGGGAGAAGCACCACCACGUGUGUGGCCAGAGCCUGCAGGGCCCUGCGGCCGUGGUGGCUGACCCGGUGCCUGGACCGCCCGAAGCUGCCCGCAGCCUGGGCCCCUCCCUGCCUGUGGGUGCUGCCAGCCCCAGCGAAGCCGGCUCUGCGGGGCCUUCUCGCCCCGGCUCCCCCAGCCCACCCGGCCCACUGGACACCGUGCCCCGCUGACCCCACCGGCCUCCAGCCUGCUGGACACAGCACCGUGCCAACCCCACCCAGCUCCAGACCCGCUGGACGCUGUGCCUGGCCUCUGAUGCCUGGCCUACCAGACACUGCGCCCCGCCUGACCUGGGGGAGCCGACCAAUUAGAGUCACUGCUGCUACUGCCCCUCUCCAAAAGAAGACACAGAACCAACAAAACCGCAUUCGAUGCACCUGCCUCAGCUACCUAAUGACUCCGAGCGGAGACCUCCUGACAACCUCUCUUCAAGCAUCCUCAGAAGCCUCGAUUGAGCUUUAGACAGCAGAGCGGAUGCCGCGGGCGCGGUGGCUCUGCCCACCUCUCUCUUUCUUUUCCUCUCUCUCUGUCUCUCCUCCUCUGUCUUCUCUAUCCUCUCUCUCUCUAUGACUAUCACACACUUUCUCUUCCAUGAAAAAAUUGAAUUGGUGGCUUAUAUUUUCAGCAAAGAAUUUUGGGGGGUUUUGUUUGUUGGCAAAAGAGCUACUCAGAAAUGGACAAAGAAAACUGGAGGGUUCUCCCCCUCCUGAUUAAAAAGGGAGAAAGAAAACUGCAAUUUUAUAGCCAGAGAUCUGAACCCAGCUGUGCCCCUCCCCCAGGGGCGUGAGGCUGAUCAGCGAAGACGGGAGGAAAGAUUUCGAUUUCUGACUCAAGAAGCAUUUUUGGUUUCAUUUUUUUUUUCCUGUAAUGUUAAACUCUUUUGCUUUAAGUAAAAAUCCAAAAAGUUUUUUUUAAAAAAAGCAAAGGAAGCAUACUUGUGAACUACCUUGCUAGCUAGCCAGCCAAGGAUACCGGACAGACCUCUGCUCGAAAGGAAGUCCAAAAAAGCAAACACAAGAAAUCAAAAUCCAAAAUUUAUUUGUCACUGCCAAAGUAUUUUUUUCACUGUUUUACUUGCUCUUGGGUUUGUUUGGAUGUGGGUCUUUUUCCCUUCUGUUUGGUUUUGUUUGUGGGUGUCGGGAUAUUGGGGUGCAGAGGGUUUGUGCCCAGUGAGAAGCGACUUUCGUUCCCUUCCGCGUAGGCAUUGGUGCGUCCGCCGCCUGUGCGCGGUCUGUGUGCCAUUGCUCCGGCCUGCGUCUCCAUGUGUGUCGGAAAGGACACGCCGUCUGUCCUCACGCCCCCUGUGACUUUUCAUAUUUCCUUUUUCCACUUGUGGAAAAAAAGUCCUAAAGUUUUCUUCCCAGAGAGAGCAUAAUUCCGAAACAAAACUGUGACAAUCUUUUGGGUUGAUUCUCGACUGCUUUCGAGCAUGCGGAGCCAGCAGGGCUCCCUGAAACACUGCUUCUCGGCCAGCCCGUCCUCCUCUACCUCUCUCCUCUCCGUGCCCUCCGACCUCUCUCGGCCCCAUUGCCCCAACUCCAACCUCUCUCGGCCCCAUCGCCCCACUGCAGCUACUCCCCUUUCUUCCAAACUUUUGCA